UGUAGUCACCACUUGGUGUGUGUGUGUGUCAUGGCAGCCGCGGUGAUGUUAGCGGUGGUGCUGGGUGGUGGAGUGAUUCUCAUGGGCAGGAGAAUGUUCUCCAGACACAGGGCUGUUCUCCGCCUCCCCGCCGGUUCGAUGCGCGGGAGGACGGUGCUGGUGACGGGCGCGAGCAGCGGGAUCGGUAAGGCCACGGCGGCAGAGCUGUUCCGCCUGCACGCGCGCGUCCUCAUGGCGUGUCGGGACCGGGAGAAAGGAGAGCAGGCCGCCGAAGAGAUCCGCGCAUGCGCAGGACAGUCUGACGGAGAGCUGGUCAUCAAGCACGUGGAGCUGACGUCAUUGAGAUCCGUGCGCGAGUUCUGUCGGGAAAUCAUCCAGGAGGAGCCAAAGCUGGACGUGCUGAUUAACAACGCGGGUGUGUUCUGCUGCCCGUACUCUAAAACAGAGGAUGGUUUUGAGAUGCAGUUUGGUGUGAACCAUCUGGCUCACUUCCUGUUAACCCACCUGCUGACAGAGCUGAUGGUACGUUCCGCCCCGAGUCGCAUCCUCGUGGUCUCCUCCAAACUUUACAAAUACGGCAGCAUCCGAUUUGACGACUUGAACAGCGAGCGCAGCUACGACCCGGCCUUCUGUUACAGCCAGAGUAAACUCGCUAACCUGCUGUUCACACGCGAGUUAGCGAGGAGACUGGAGGGGCGGGGCGUGACGGUCAACUCCCUCUCCCCUGGGUUAGUCAGGACCAACCUGGGCCGCCAUGUCCGGGUCCCCCUCCUGCUGAAGCCCCUCCUCUUUCUGGUGUCAUGGCUGUUCUUAAAAAGUCCAGAAGAGGGAGCUGAGACCCCGCUGUACCUCGCCUGCUCUCCCGAUGUGGCUAACGUGACGGGGAAGUUCUUCUCCAAAUGCCGAGAGGAAGUGCUCCGGUCUAAAGCAACGGACGACAACGCGGCAAAGCGGCUAUGGGACCAGAGUGAGACCAUGGUUGGGAUUCAGAGCUGAGCUUGAUCUGGCUGGUUAAUUACUUCGAUUAGGUUCUCCUGCUUCUAACAAAACGUAAAUGUAAUGUAAAUUCUGAGUAAAUAUGUUUAAAAUGUU